CCCCUCUGCUUCCUUUCUCGUUCUGUCCCUGCAGCUGAGGGACCGGAGCAGCACCACCAGUUUUGACUGGUGGAAAGGAGGUGGCAGGGCCAUGAUCCCAGAGGACAUUCAGAGACUCCUUGAAGAUGCUGAGUGCUUCCUGGUGGAUGGACUGCAGAACGAAAACUUGAGCCCUAGAGCAAGGGAGCAGAGGAACACAAUUCUCUAUGGCUUCCAGCAAGCCAAAGCCAGGUACCACUUGGAGUUUCUGCCCCGAGGAGAGAAUCAGCACGAUGCUGGCUUUGGGCAGGACAGUUCUGAUGAAAAUCAGAGCUGGAGUUUGGCCCCUUCCGUGACAUCUGAAGUCUCCCUGCCAUUGGACCUGCAGGAUGAUGUGAACCCCCGCUCAGUUUGUGUCCCAGAAGCUUUUCUCAACUUCAGAAGUGCGGCGUUUGCUGUUGGAAGUUCUCUUGAAAACAAUUAG